AUGCCUGGGUACUACAACUCGAUCAUCAAGGGUGUCUCAACAGUCAUGGUCUCUUACUCAAGUUGGAAUGGUGUGAAGAUGCAUGCUAAUCACGAUCUUAUCACUAAGUUCCUCAAAGGCACCUUAAAAUUCAGGGGUUUUGUCAUCUCAGAUUGGCAAGGUAUUGACAGGAUGACCACACCAGUCCAUGCAAACUACACAUACUCAGUCCAAACUGGGGUUCAUGCUGGCAUUGACAUGAUCAUGGUCCCUUACAACCACACCGAAUUCAUUGACAUUCUUACCUCCUUAGUCAAGAACAACUUCAUCACGAUGAGUCGUAUCGACGACGCUGUCUCAAGAAUCUUGAGAGUCAAAUUUACCAUGGGUCUCUUUGAGAAUCCGAUGGCAGAUUUUAGCAUGGUUGAUCAACUGGGAAGCCAGGCACAUAGAGAUUUGGCUAGGGAAGCUGUGAGGAAAUCACUUGUGCUACUCAAGAAUGGAGAGAAUGCAGAUAGUCCUUUGCUUCCACUCCCCAAAAAGGCAUCCAGGAUCCUUGUUGCUGGAAGUCAUGCUAACAAUCUGGGUAACCAAUGUGGUGGUUGGACUAUUGCUUGGCAGGGACUUGAUGGCAACAACAUCACCAGUGGAACAACCAUCUUAAACGGAAUCUCAGCAGCAGUUGACCCGAGCACUGAAAUCGUCUACAGCCAGAACCCUGACGCCGAAUUUGUCAAGUCCAACAACUUCUCCUACGCCAUUGUUGUGGUGGGAGAGCACCCUUAUGCUGAAACUGCUGGAGACAAUGCAAACUUGACAAUUCCAGAGCCAGGUCCAAGCACAAUCACUAAUGUCUGCAAGAACGUCAAGUGUGUCGUCGUACUUGUCUCUGGUCGUCCUCUCGUGAUAGAGCCUUACCUUUCAUCCAUGGAUGCUCUCGUUGCUGCGUGGCUUCCAGGAAGCGAAGGCCAAGGCGUUUCCGAUGUCCUCUUUGGAGACUAUGGAUUCUCAGGGAAACUUUCCCGUACUUGGUUCAAGACUGUAGACCAACUCCCUAUGAAUGUUGGAGAUGCAGACUAUGAUCCACUCUUCCCCUUCGGUUUUGGACUCACAACAGAACCCAUAGUAGCAAAUUAGAGAUUUAAUCCACGGGUAGAAAAUCUUUAUCAUGUGUUAAGUCUUUUUUUUUUCUUUUGGGUUUUUCGGCGUAGUAAUUAGCAAGGUAGAGAAGGAUAUCACGAGUUUUGUUUUGUUUUGUUUUGUUU